AUCACGAUACAGUGGAUGUUUUGCUAGCUCGUGUUAGCCGAGGACGGAAAUCUCCCGUUGGUCAAAAAAAGUCAAAAAUAAUCUCGACAAAAUGAGCGAGCAGUUGAAAUUUAUCGUCGAGCAACUGAACAAAGAUCCGUUCAGGAAGAACUUUAAUCUCAUCACGUUUGACUCGCUCGAGCCGAUGCAGUUGCUUCAGGUAUUAAAUGACGUCCUAGCCGAGGUCGACCCGAAGCAAGCUAUUGAUAUUCGCGAGGAAAUGCCUGAACAAACCGCCAAGAGGAUGUGUUCUCUGCUCGGGAUGCUAAAAUACAAACCUCCUGGCAACCAGGCUGACCUGAGCGGCUUCAGACAAGGUCUGGUGAUUGGCAGCAAACCGGCAGUGCAUCCCAUUCUACACUGGCUGCUGCAGAGAGUCCCAGAGCUGAAGAAAAGGGCUUACCUGGCUCGCUUUCUCGUUAAACUUGAUGUCCCUGCAGAGUUCCUGGCCGAUGAUGUCAUCAGUGACACCAAUCAUCAGUAUGAAGAACUGGUGGAAUCAUUUAAGACAAACCACAAGGAGUGUGAGCAGCUCAGAACGUCAGGCUUCUCCACAGCAGAAAUUAGAAGGGAUAUCAGUGCAAUGGAAGAGGAGAAAGGCCCGCUCAUCAAACGCGUGGAGAGGCUGAAAAAGAGGGUGGAGUCAGUGUCCAACCAUCAACAGAUGCUGGAGCAGGCCAAACAGCUGAGAGUUGAGAAGAAGAGGGAAGAACAUUUGUCCCACCAGAAGCAAGAACAAAAGAAUCAACUGUUUCAGGCAGAGCAGAGGUUGCAGAGGUUGCAGCAGCAGUUAAAGGACAUGCGACAGGCUGCAGCUGAUGCCAGUCCUGAUAGCUUAAUGAAGAGGCUGGAAGAGGAGAUCAAGAUCAAUUCCUACAUGGUCUCUGAGAAACUCCCCAAAGAGUUGGAGGUUCUCAGGCGUACAGUGAAGUACCUUCAGAAGGUGGUGUCAGAGCCUGCUAUGAGCCAUGGUGAUGUCCUUGAGCUGGGGGACAAGAUCAAAGAAGUUGACUCCCAGAUAAAUCAGCUGAUUGAGAAGAAGAUGGUGAGAAGUGACCCGAUAGAUGACAAGCUGACCCUCUACAGACAGCAGGCCUCCAUCAUCAUCCGUAAGAAGGAAGCAAAAGCAGAAGAGCUGCAGGAAGCGAGGGAGGAGUUGGCUACAGCAGAGCGGCAGCUAAAACACAAGACUGACCAGUCAAGGGCCUCCAACGGGGAAGAGGUCAUCCGGGGUGAUGAGCUGAAACGCUUGGUGGUAAAACUGCGCAGCAAGGGAACAGUAUACAAGAAGAAACGGCAAGAAAUCGCAGAGCUGAAGGCCGAGUACGGGGUUCUUCAGCGGACAGAGGAGAUUCUCAAGCAGAGACAUGAGUCUGUACAAGAGAAACUGCAAUUUGUGGAGGCUGAGAAAGGUAUAUCUGGCUACAGCAACACUCAGGAGGAACUAGAGAGGGUGUCAGCCAUUAAGAGUGAGCUGGAUGAAAAGAAGGGUCGCACACUGGAUGAUAUGUCUGAAAUGGUGAAGCAAUUAAACUCAAUGAUAGUGGAGAAGAAGUCGGCUCUAGCUCCAAUUAUCAAAGAGCUGAGGUCACUGAGGCAACAGUGUCAGGUCUUAAAUCCGGAAUAUGAAGAAAAGAAGUCACAGUAUGAAAGUUGUGGUGCUGGUUUGGAGAGCAACAGAUCUAAAUUGGAGCAGGAGGUAAAGGCACUGAGAGAGGACACGGCACAGGAAGAAAACAAAUAUCAUACCAUCAACUGCAAGUCUGAGAUCAUUGAGAUGCAAAUACAGCGGGCUGCUGAAGAGAUGAAGGCCUACGUGUCCUCUGAUGUCCAGGAGAGGAAAAAGGCCAUCAGGGAAGUGUACAUGAAGAACAUUGCAGAGCAAGAAUUGCUUGGCAAGAAGUUACGUGAGAAGCAGAAGCUGGUAAGGGAGAACCACGGUGCUAACAUGGAGCAGAUGAAGAUGUGGAGAGACUUGGAGCAGCUGAUGGAGUGCAAGAGACAGUGCUUCAUCCGAGCACAGAUGGAGGCAUCUGUUGGCCAAGUCAUCCAGGAAGGAGGCGAAGACAGACUGGUGCUGUGAGCCUUGUAAACCUCCGUACUAUUCAUUAGCGGUUUAAUAUACUCUAUUGUUUAUCACUUCACUCACUUCGAGGUAAAUAUACUCUGAUAAAGGGUAAGACACAGCUAUCAUUUUUAGGAAAAGUGCCUUGAGAUAACUUUGUACUGGACAGUUUUGACUCUCGCCAUAGUUCUUGACACAUUCUUAACAUUGAUCUACUGUACUUUUGAUCUAAGUGUCCAGUGAUAACGGCAUACAUACAGUCCUUAUCGCUGCAUACAUACACUACUUUGUAUGUAUGCUUACUGGCAGACAAAUAUUUUUAGCAAGAUUCAUUUGACCUUGGACUGUAUACUUCUUGCCAGUCUUGGAGAUCUUUGCUGCUUGAAUGUGAUCUGAUUACAUUUACAUGUUUCUUUGUAUAUUUCCAGAAAUAAUUUUAAGAAAUACAAUACUUUUUUCUAUUGAAUUUAAUAACAUUUAUUUGGACUGAUACUCCAAUUUUGGAGACGGCGUGGCUAGGUUGGUAGAGUGACUGUGCCAGCAACCUGAGGGUUCCCGGUUCGAUCCCCGACUUCCGCCAUCCUUGUCAUGUCCGUCGUGUCCUUGAGCAAGACACUUCACCCUUGCUCCUUAUGCAAGGGUGAAGUGUGUGAAUGAGUGAAUGUGGAAAUAGUGUCAAAGCUCUUUGAGUACCUUGAAGGUAGUAAAGCGCUAUACAAGUAUAAUUAAUUUACCAUUUGAUCACUUUUUCCACUUUUAUCUAUAAAUAUCAACUGUCCUGAAUCAAAAACAAUAUACCGUAUUUUUCGGACUAUAAGUCGCAGUUUUUUUCAUAGUUUGGCCGGGGGUGCGACUUAUACUCAGGAGCGACUUAUGUGUGAAAUUAUUAACACAUUACCGUAAAAUAUCAAAUAAUAUUAUUUAUCUCAUUCACGUAAGAGACUAGACGUAU